AUGGGCGAUGGAGGUGUCGCAUGCAUGCCUUUUCAGCAGCAUAACACAAUCAUGGAGAGAUUUCCAGUUCCGGACAAAGCAGGCACGACGCAUUGCGCUGUAAUCAAGACUUCCACUUCUACUCCUUCUACUGCUGCUGAUGAUGCUGCCACUGUUACCAACAACGACAAUAGCACCGGCAAUGAGAAUGGGGCAGCCGCGGUAGCCAGCAAGGGAACCACCACUGCUACAGCCAACGGCAACGUCAUCACAACCACCACCACCACCACCAUAACCACUGUCAGUAAUGGCAGCGCCGGCGCCAAUGGCGUCACCACCAAGCCGAAGAAGAUACUGAGGAAGAUAAUCAAGGUUAAGAAAGUCAUCAGGAAGGUACCAGCUGGCGAAAAGGGUGAAUUGCGCAGGAAGAAGGAAGGAUUGAGUAGCAACCCAGCUGGGACGACGAAGAACACCCAACAAGUGGAUUUGAAGACUGUCAAGGAAGCUGACAGGAAGAAUUCCGGGGAAGUUGAUACCCAGGUUAGGAAGGACGGUGUGGCAGCAGCUGGCGGGAAGGAAGUAGAAACAAAAAGUGCGAAGGAAGCUGAUAACUUUUCCGUGGCAGUCGACCACAAGGCACAGAAUUGUAAAGAAGAAGUUGAAGAAGGUGAAUUGGGCACUUUGAAGUGGCCACCACCCCGGGGUGAAGUUGAAAAUGGAGAAUUUUUCCCGCCGGAGAAUACGCAGCGAAGAAGUGAGAUUGAGAAGGGAGAGAUCGUUGGGGAGAAAUUGAGAAGAGGCGAGGUCGAGAAGGGGGAGAUCGUUUUUGGGAAAUGGCGCAAUGGGGAAUUUUCCAGAGAUGAACUUGAAAAAGGAGAAUUCAUUCCUGACAGGUGGCAUAAUAAAGUAGACUACAGUUAUGGCAAGUUCCGUGGCAGAUAUGAUCCUCCUAAAGACCGCACACCACCUUCUGUCAGGUAUCCAGGUGAAGAUCUUUACAGAAGGAAAGAUGUCGGUAGAAGCGGGACUACCCAGUAUUCAAAAAGUGCUUUGAGAUUGGAGGGUGCUCAAGAUCGGGGUAUAAGGAUAAGUUCGAAGAUAGUGGAUGAGGAAGGCAAUCAUAAAAGCGCAGAACACUGUAACGGUAAGAGUCAUGUUAGAGAGAACACUUCUUCUUCUAACAGACUGAAGCGGCAUGUCACUGAUUCUGAUAGUAAUGAGCGGAAACACUGUGGAGAUUAUGGGGAUUAUACGGGUUCUAAAAGCAGGAGGCUUUCUGACGAUAGUCUUCGUUCUUCUCACCCUGAGCACCAUUCUCGUCACUCUGUGGAGAGAUAUAAUCGAAAUCCUUUGUCAGCAAGAACUCCGUCAGGUGACAAAUAUUCAGCCAGGUGUCAUGAACCCACUCUGUCAUCCAAGGUAGUAUUUGAGAGGCAGCUGGAGCGGUCCCCGCGUAAUAGAAACCAACAUGAUCACAGAGAACGGAGUCCAGCUCGCAGAUCCCCGCAUGGUCGAGUUAGGUCUCUCCAUGUACGUGACAGAUCUCCACAUGGACGUGAAAGAUCUCCACUUGGUCGAGAGAAGUCCCCUUUUGUACGGGAGAGAUCUCCAUAUGGACGUGAGAAAUCCCCAUACGAGAAGAACCGCCGAAACAGAACCCCAACACAGCGUUCUCCUCAAGAUAGAGCUCAUUACCAUGAGCGCAAGGAUCGAACCACAAACCGUCCAGAGCGGUCUCCACUUGACCGUGGUAAGCACAGUAACUCCAAGGAAGCUAGCCGGAAAGACGGAGCUCGUGAGAAGAGAGAUUCUCAGCAUGGAAACAAAGGACACGAGGAUAUACUCAGCCACGCGGAUGCAAUUGGAAGGGAUUCUCAGGUGACAUCCACAGAAGCUCAAGAGAGAAGCAAUACAUAUAUUCCUGAUGGACUAGGUCAUAAAAGUGCCAAUUGUGAGACGACCUGUAAAGAAGAGAAGUCUGAGUGCCCAAAAGCUGAUAUCAAAGAUUCUUCUCUUCUCGUUGAACCACCACUGGAAGAACUGCAGUCUAUGGAGGAAGAUAUGGAUAUAUGUGAUACCCCACCUCAUGGCCCUGUUGUAGCCGAUUCAUCCACUGGAAAGUGGUUCUACCUUGAUUACUUUGGUAUUGAACGUGGGCCUGCAAAGUUAUCUGACCUUAAAGGGCUGGUGGAUGAUGGAGUUCUUUUCUCAGAUCACUUGAUCAAGCAUUUGGAUAGCAAUAGGUGGAUGACCGUUGAAAGGGCAGUUUCUCCUAAAGAAUCACCCAAUUCCCGGUCCAUUGUGUCUGAAUCGAUUACCCAGCUUGUUAGUCCUCCAGAGGCACCGGGUAAUCUUUUGGCAGAUUCUGUGGGUAUUGGACAGUCUGGUAGUCAUGAUGGUGAAGAAGCACCUCAAACUUUGGUAGAGACACUGGCAUUCCCUGAUGCCAGUGCACCUGAUCUCCAUAUUGAUAAGAGGGUGAUGAUGCUGCUGGAGGAUGCUACCCUUGUUCCUGGCAGGGAACUUGAGGCUAUAGGAGAGAUUUUACAUACGACGUUUACGCAAGUGCAGUGGGAUGGAUUGUCGGAAGGGUCUAGUCUGCAUGAAACUUCUCAUCAGGAUCAACAAAGUGACGAAUCAUCAAAAUCUUCAGAUGUGAAGCUGACAGUGGCUGUUGAAUUGAAAUCAAGUUUUAUCUCUGAGAAAGAUAAUGACUUUGUAUCUGCAGAUGACCCAGUCGGCUGGUUUUCUGGUCGAUGGUCAUGUAAAGGUGGGGACUGGAUCAGGAAUGAUGAGGCUGUCGAUACGUUUCCGAGAAGAAAAAUGGUUCUUAAUGAUGGUUUUCCAUUGUGCCUGAUGCCAAAGUCUGACUCCGAGGACCCUAGGUGGCAGAGAAAAGAUGAAUUGUAUUAUCCUUCUCACAGCAAAAAGCUUGAACUCCCUCCCUGGGCUUUCUCCAGUCAAGACGAGAAGAAUGAAACUGUUGGUGCAAACAGGUUGAAUGUCACUAAACCUCCUGUAGUAAGGGGAGUGAGGGGAACUGCUUUGCCCGUGGUCAGGAUUAAUGCAUGUGUUGUUAAUGAUCAUGGUUCAUUUGUUUCUGAUCCGCGGAGCAAAGCCCGAGGAAAGGACAGAUAUUCUUCAAGGUCUUCCAGGACGCACUCUGCAGCUAACGACUCGAGGAGGUCAACGUCAGAUACAGAUUCUCAAUCCAAAACUGUUAGUGAACAAGAUCUUUCUACAUCUUGGAAGUCGAUUUGCAUACCGAAAGACAAGAUUUGUACGUCGGAGGAUUUACAGUUGACAUUGGGGGAGUGGUACUAUCUUGAUGGUGCUGGGCAUGAGCAAGGACCAUUCUCGUAUUUGGAGCUGCAGUCUUUGGCUGACCAAGGUACCAUACAGAAGCACAGCAGUGUGUACAGAAAGUUUGAUAGGGUUUGGGUUCCAGUUAGCUCUUCUGGUGAGGCUUCUGAAGCUAGUGUUGGCAUUUCGGUCCAUGCUAUUUCAAGAUCACCGAGUGAAGCCAAUCCGGGACAAAGCCAAAAUGGUAGCCAGUUUCAUGGCCUACAUCCGCAGUUCAUUGGCUAUACCCGUGGGAAGCUUCAUGAGCUGGUUAUGAAAUCAUUCAAAACUCGUGAGUUUGCUGCUGCCAUAAAUGAGGUUUUGGAUCCAUGGAUCAGUGCGAAGCAACCUAAGAAAGAGCCUGACAAACAUAUCCACUGGAAAACUGAUACAGAAAUGCGUGCUGGAAAAAGAGCUAGGAUGCUGAUAGAUGAAAGUGAUGAGGAAUAUGAUGGUGGGGAAGAUUUGGUGGCAAUUCAAAAGGAUGAUGGCACUUUUGAAGAGUUAUGUGGUGAUGCCACUUUCCACGGGGAUGCAGAAAACAAUGCAUCUCUUGAGAAUAAUAUGGGAGGAUGGGGAUUAUUGGAUGGACAUAUUUUGGCGCGAAUCUUUCACUUGCUGAGAUCUGACAUAAAGUCUAUUGCCCUUGCUUCUUUAACUUGUAAGCAUUGGAGAUCUGCUGUCAGGUUCUACAAGGGCAUAUCAAGGCAGAUUGAUCUGUCAUCUCUUGGUCCCAUCUGCACUGACUUGGUGAUCCGGAAUAUUGUGAGUGGUUACCGAAAGGAAAAGGUUAGCUCAGUAGUGGUGGCUGGAUGCACAAACAUUACUUCUGGCACUCUUGAUGAAGUUCUUCGUGCCUUACCUUGUGUAUCUUACAUUGAUGUUAGAGGUUGUAGCCAACUUGUUGACUUGGGUCAUCAAUUUCCACAUAUGAAGUGGCUCAAGAGUCGAAAUUCAUUUGCAAUUAAACAUUCCGAGGAGCUACAUUCCAAAGUAAAGAAUCUUAAACAGAUCAGUGACGAACCCUCAACAUUGUAUAAAAGUAGGGCCCUGGGCAGUGGUGCUGAUGACUUUGGAGAACUGAAGGAGUAUUUUGACAGUGUGAAUAAGAGAGACUCUGCAAAUCAACUGUAUCGUAGUUUAUAUAAACGCUCAAAAGUUUUUGAUGCUAGAAGAUCAUCUUCAAUAGCAUCCAGGGAUGCUCGUAUGAGGAGGUGGGCUGUCAAGAAAUCAGAAAGUGCCUAUAGAAGGAUGGAGGGCUUCAUUGCUUUGGGCUUGAAGGACAUAAUGAAGGAGAAUACCUUUGAUUUUUUUGUUCCCAAGGUUACAGAAAUCAAAGCUCGCAUGGAUAAUGGCUACUACAUUGGACGUGGAUUGAGGGCUGUAAAGGAGGAUAUUAGUCGAAUGUGCAGGGAUGCUAUAAAAGCAAAAAAUCGUGGUGCUGGAAACAUGAAUCGUAUUACAACUUUGUUUCUUCAACUUGCCUCACGUUUAGAGGAUAGUUCCAAGUUCCCUUAUGAAAGGGAUAAGCUCAUGAAAUCAUGGAAAUAUGACUUGUCUGCCGGUCUAAGCUCAGGAUACAACAAACACAAGAAGAAGUUGCUCAAUGAAAAGAAGUAUGCCAGUAGGAGUAAUGGGACUCCCUUAGCAAAUGGAUCUCUUGUUCAUGGGGAAUAUGUAUCCGAUAGAGAAAUAAAGAGACGCCUAUCUAAAUUGAAUAGAAAAUCGAUGGAUUCUGGAACUGAAACUUCUGAUGAUUUUGACAGAUCAUCUGGAGAUGGCAGGUUUUAUAGUGAUGGUACUUCUUCUGAUACUGAAAGUGACUUGGAGUUCCAACCAGGAGGCCGAGACGGGAGUUUAGGAGAUGGAUAUUUCUUGGAAGAGGAGAGUUCCUAUUCUGUUGUGGAUGAACGUGAGUGGGGUGCUCGCAUGACCAAAGCAAGUCUGGUUCCUCCUGUGACUAGGAAAUACGAAGUCAUAGAUAGGUAUGUAAUCGUUGCAGAUGAGGAUGAUGUGAAGCGGAAGAUGUGUGUUUCUUUGCCAGAUGACUAUGUUGAGAAACUUGAAGCUCAGAAAAGUGGCACCGAGGAAUUGGACAUGGAGCUUCCUGAAGUUAAAGACUACAAACCUAGAAAAUUGCUGGGAGAUGAAGUUAUCGAACAAGAAGUUUAUGGAAUUGAUCCUUAUACCCACAAUCUGUUACUUGAUUCUAUGCCGGAGGAAAUGGAUUGGUCUCUACAGGAAAAACAUGAGUUUAUUGAAGAUGUGCUCCUCCGAACUCUAAAUAAGCUAGUCAGGCGCUUUACUGGUGCUGGGAACACCCCCAUGAUUUACCCUUUGCAGCCUGUUAUAGAGGAACUUCUGAAGUCUGCAGAGGAGGACUGCAACAUACGAACAAUGAAGAUGUGUCGGAGUAUCAUGAGGGCCAUAGAUAGUCGUCCUGAUGACAAAUAUGUUGCUUAUAGAAAGGGUCUUGGUGUUGUUUGCAACAAAGGUGGUGGCUUUGGAGAAGAUGAUUUUGUUGUUGAGUUUUUGGGAGAGGUCUAUCCUGCUUGGAAGUGGUUUGAAAAGCAAGAUGGUAUUCGUUCUUUACAGAAAGACAGUAAAGAGCCAGCUCCAGAAUUUUACAAUAUCUAUCUUGAGAGGCCGAAGGGUGAUGCGGAUGGUUAUGAUCUCGUGGUUGUCGAUGCGAUGCAUAAAGCAAACUAUGCUAGUCGGAUAUGCCAUUCCUGCAGACCCAAUUGUGAAGCAAAGGUUACAGCAGUAGCUGGACAGUAUCAAAUUGGAAUUUACUCUGUCCGUGAAAUUCAAAAUGGCGAGGAAAUCACGUUUGAUUACAACUCCGUGACAGAAAGUAAAGAAGAGUAUGAAGCAUCAGUUUGUUUGUGUGGAAGCCAAGUUUGCCGAGGGAGCUACUUGAAUUUGACUGGUGAAGGGGCUUUCCAGAAGGUGCUGAAAGAGUGGCAUGGAGUACUGGAUAGACAUCACUUGAUGCUAGAAGCUUGCGAAUUGAGUUGUGUAUCCGAGGAAGAUUAUCUCGACUUGGGGAGGGCUGGUUUAGGAAGUUGUCUGCUUGGUGGAUUGCCGGACUGGGUGGUUGCAUAUUCAGCUCGUUUGGUGAGAUUCAUAAACCUUGAAAGGACAAAGCUGCCUCAAGAAAUUCUGAAGCAUAACUUGGAAGAGAAAAAGAAAUACUACUCCGAAAUAUCUCUUGAUGUUGAGAGAAGUGAUGCAGAGGUUCAGGCUGAAGGUGUCUACAACCAGAGGCUUCAAAACGUGGCUAUCACUCUUGACAAGGUGAGGUAUGUGAUGAAAUCUAUAUAUGGCGACCCGAAGAAAGCUCCACCACCGCUAGAGAGGCUUCGUCCGGAAGAAAUUGUUUCAGUCCUUUGGAAAGGGGAGGGAUCACUAGUUGAGGAACUGCUUCAGUGCAUGGCUCUUCAUAUGGAUUCAGACAAUCUAAAUGAUCUCAAGUCCAAGAUACGUGCACAUGAUCCAUCAGAUUGUGCUGAUGUACAGAAAGAACUUCAAAGAUCGUUGUUAUGGUUGAGGGAUGAGAUCCGGAAUCUUCCAUGUACAUAUAGGUGCCGGCAUGAUGCUGCAGCUGACUUGAUUCAUGUUUAUGCUUACACAAAGUGCUUUUUUAGAGUUCGGGAAUAUGCCGCAUUUACUUCUCCACCAGUUCACAUUAGUCCACUUGACUUAGGCCCGAAGUCUGCUGAUAAACUGGGUCCUGGUAACCAUGAGUAUCGGAAGACGUACGGAGAGAACUAUUGUAUAGGACAGCUGAUUUUUUGGCAUAUACAGACAAAUACAGACCCGGAUACUACCCUUGCUAGAGCAACCAAGGGAUGCCUGUCAUUGCCUGACAUAGGUUCCUUUUACGCCAAGGCUCAGAAGCCAACUCAGCAGCGUGUUUAUGGCCCCAAGAACCUGAAAGUAAUGCUGGAAAGAAUGGAGAAGUACCCACAGAAGCCGUGGCCCAAGGAUCAGAUAUGGUCUUUUACCAACAGCAGUCAGAGGGUCUUUGGGAGCCCGAUGUUCGACUCCAUCGUAAAGAACACGAAUCUGGACAGGGAGAUGUUGCAUUGGUUGAAGCACAGACCGACGGUGUUCCAGGCAAUGUGGGAUAGGUGA